CAUGCUCCCAUCUUGUCCCUGAUACAGCACUCUAAUGAUGGUACUCAUACCACCAGCUGAAGAAGGUAAUGUGGCAGUAGUGGUCCGAGUGCGGCCACAGAUUCCGCAAGAGCAAGAAGGAAACUGCCAAAGCACGGUGCAGGUGCUUAGUGACAGCAUGCUAGUGUUUGACCCUGAAGAAUCAGACCUGCUGGGCCUCCAAGUUCAUGAGCCUGUCUACCGGAAGAAGGGCAAGAAUAUGGUGUUUGUUUUUGACCAGGUAUUUGGGAAAAGAGCUACCCAAGCAGAGGUCUUUGAGAAUACAACCAAAGAAGUCCUGGAUGGUAUGCUGAAUGGCCACAAUUGCUCUGUAUUUGCAUAUGGUGCAACAGGAGCUGGUAAAACAUAUACCAUGCUAGGAUCAGAGAAGGAACCUGGUAUCAUGUACCUCACCAUGGAGGAGCUGUUUAAGAAAAUAGAGGUUAGGAAGGAAAAGAAGCUCUGUGAGGUGUUCAUCUCCUAUCAAGAGGUAUACAAUGAGCAGAUUCAUGAUCUUUUGGAACCAAAAGGUCCACUAGCCAUCCGGGAAGACCCAGAAAAGGGAGUUUUGGUGCAAGGUCUUUCAGUUCAUCAGCCAAAAUCUGCUAUGCAGGUCCUAGAGAUGCUGAGGCAAGGAAAUCUGAACCGUACACAGCACCCCACAGACAUUAACGCCACCUCCUCACGAUCUCAUGCAAUCUUCCAGAUCUGUGUGAAGCAGCAAGAUCGUGUGGUGGGCAUGCAUCAGGAUCAGCUAGUGGCAAAGAUGAGCCUGGUUGAUUUGGCUGGCUCUGAGCGUGCCUCUGCUGCCAACACCAAAGGAGAGCGACUCCGUGAGGGUGCCAACAUCAACCGAUCCCUACUGGCUCUCAUCAAUGUUAUUAAUGGCCUGGCAGAUGCCAAGAGUAAAAAACCCCACAUUCCAUACCGGGACAGCAAGCUAACACGCCUCCUAAAGGAUUCUAUUGGUGGAAACUGUCGGACCAUCAUGAUUGCAGCUAUUAGUCCCUCCACGCUUUCCUAUGAGGACACAUACAACACCCUCAAGUAUGCCAACCGGGCUAAAGAAAUCAAACUUUUAAUAAAACCUAAUGUGGUGAGCCUGAACCACUCUAGCAGCCAAUAUGCAGCUAUCUGUGAGCAACUAAAGGCAGAGGUGGCAGACUUAAGAGGGAGGCUCCGAGCUUAUGAAGAAAAAAUCCCAGAGCUUAAGCCCUGCCCUGCUCUGGCUCCUUGUAGCCCUGAGCAGACAGAGCUCUCCAGACCAAAGGAGACUGCUCUGGAUUAUGCAGUGUUGCAAAAGGAUGAUUUUGCAGCCAUGGCACCCUCGCAACUUUGGAAACAGAAUUGUGCAGGAAAAAGCUGCACCAAGGAGGACUCCAGAAGAAAAUCUGAAUGCUGUUGCCCAAAGUUUUCAAAGCCAACUAAACAUCAGGAAAAACUGAAAACUCAAUUGCAGGGCAUGGACAAACAACAGCUGGAGAGGCUUGUAGUAGCUACUCUGCUUGUAGCCAAAAGGCUGUACAGUUGGUUGAAAGCCACCAACCUCCUCACUCCUGAAAUGAUAGUACAGAUUGAAGAGCUGGCUUCCUUACUUCAUCAAGAAUCCCAUGGAGCCCUGAACAUUUCUGCUUUGGAUGGGCAAGAUGAAGAACUGGAUGUGCAACAGUUUAUAGAUCAUGGUGAUUCUUUCGCUGUCCUCCCAGCCUCUCUUCCUGCAACCAAGUGUGCCGGUCCUAAGGCCAAUCCUGGAAUUCAGCCUGCUGAACCAGAGGCUCAGCUGAUUCCACAUGCUGCCUUGAAGACCCCCCACUACUCCACAAAUAAGAGGAGGAAGGCAUCACAGUCUGAAAGAAGCACUCCAUCUAGCCAAAGGGGGCAUGCAAAGCGCCGGCGGAAGGCUUGCCUCUCAUCCCAGAAACUGGGUUCUCUGAAGGAAUGGUCUGAUUUCACCCAAGUGGACUGUACCAGCACCCCUCUUGUAGUGAAAGCAAAAUCUCCCAGACCAGUUGAUCAUCAUACUCCAUUAUAUUGCCCAUCAACAGUUACUAAGAGUCGCCUGCCCCUGGCUCCCUCAACCAUUCAGAAUUGCUCUCCUCCACGAAGCUUGAACACAACUUUUGACCUCUUUGAGGAACCCUGUCCCCCAGCCUUGAAGCUCAAUACUCUGGAAUGUCCUGCUUGGGAAAGUGUCCAACAUGUCUCCAACCAUCAGGGGGUGCCUCUUAUACCCAGGGCCUCCAUGCCUGUGUUUACUAUGAAAGGAUCCUCCAUCCCAAGGGCAUCAUCCUUGGCCUCCAAAGCAUCAUUACAGAAGAGGAGGCACACCACAAAUUCUACCUCCCACUUGCCAAGCAGCCGCAUUGCUAGGCUGCAGGGUCGUUCUGUGAAGUCUUCACAGGUGGUGAACGCACCAGGACAUCCCUCUGGUAUCCCUGCAUGGAAAUGGCGCUAGAGAUUUGUUCAUUCCCGGCAAUCAGCAUUCUACUGUAUCUCAUUCCAUGCUUCUUUAUGGACUCCACCUGAGCAUUAAUAACAUUCUGACACACUAUCCCUUCAAUUUCCUCUAUUCUUAUAUAGCUAUAUCUGUAGAUAUUUGUAUCUACCUUUUGAAUAGCAGGUGUACAUUGAAUCAACAAAUGGAGGCCGAAUAGCCAUAAAUUAUUAGGAAACAACAGCAAACCUAAUUUGUAAAGCUUGGUUCAAUAUUAUACAACAGCUUGUAUUGUGAUUAUAAUCUGGUGCUUAGUAUAUGUCUAUUGGGUAAAAAGAGCACUCAGUUUUCAAAACUAGCACAUUCUGGACCGAAGUUAAUGAUUCUGCAUUUAGU